UUUCAUCAGACACUUCCAUUUCCUUCGUUCAGACACUUUCAUUUCCUUCGUUUAAUCAAAUAAUAAUCAAUAACAGUGAACGAGUUCUUUCUCAUUCCCAAUUCCUCUAUUCAGUUUAAUUCCAACAUAUUAUACACACGUCUGUGCGGAUCAGUGCAGUCCAUCGUCGACGACGCAGCACCCUCCGCGCCUUCACUGUCGAUCGCCUAGAUUUCACCUGCGAUCUACUGUUUGGGGUUUUUUUCGCCCUUUCCAAGUCAAACGCCAAUGAGAGACUUGCAAACCCAAAUCCUCUCUUUACCCUUAAUCCCCAAUUUUCCCGUCUAAUUUCGCCUCUGGGUUUUGGUUUUGGUUUUGGUUUUGGUUUUGGAUUCAGGUUGUAUUCAGUCAUUAGGGUUUCAUCCUUGGAUCCAAACAAUGGCAGAUCGCAGCAGAAAAUGGCUCAGAGAAGAGUUUGUGACUUACGCCUACAUUCUCCUCUACAUAGCCCUGUCCAGCGGGCAGAUCUUUUACAACAAGUGGGUUCUGUCGUCGAAGGAAAUAAACUUCCCUUAUCCUCUUGGAUUAACCCUGCUUCACAUGAUCUUCUCCUCUGUUUUAUGUAUUGUACCUAUCAAAGUUCUUAAGAUAAUGAAGGUUGAGGAAGGAAUGACAUUGGAUAUAUACAUAUCCUCUGUCAUCCCUAUUGGUGCUAUGUUUGCAAUGACACUUUGGCUUGGGAACACUGCUUACCUGUAUAUAUCGGUGGCAUUCGCUCAAAUGUUGAAAGCAAUCAUGCCAGUUGCUGUUUUCGUUCUUGGUGUAUUGGCUGGACUUGAAGUCAUGAGUUGCAAGAUGCUUCUGAUAAUGUCGAUUAUCAGUUUUGGUGUAUUGGUAGCUUCUUAUGGUGAAAUAAGUAUUAGCUGGAUUGGCGUAGUUUACCAAAUGGGAGGUGUGGUCGGAGAAGCUCUGAGGCUAAUAUUCGUGGAGAUUUUUGUGAAGCGGAAGGGCCUAAAACUAAAUCCUAUAUCUAUGAUGUACUACGUCAGCCCCUGCAGUGCCAUUUGCCUCUUCGUUCCAUGGCUCUUCCUGGAGAGGCCUAAGAUGGAAGCGCAGGGGACGUGGAGCUUCAAACCUUUCGUUUUGUGUCUUAACUCCCUCUGUACUUUUGCCCUCAACCUUUCAGUCUUCCUCGUAAUUUCGCAUACGAGUGCUUUGACCAUUCGUGUGGCUGGUGUUGUGAAGGACUGGGUGGUGGUUCUUCUCUCAGCCCUUCUUUUUGCAGACACGAAAUUGACAUUUAUCAAUCUGCUGGGCUAUGCCAUCGCUAUUGCAGGUGUAGCUGCAUACAACAACUACAAGCUAAAGAAGGAAGCUUCACGAGUAACCACGGAUGAACCUGCUACUGAGUCGAUCCCACUGGUUUCAACAUCAACUUCCAAUCAAGAAACAAGGAAUACACAUUUUUAGGAAGUUCUCAGGUCUACGAGAAAAAUUGUCCUCCGAGAUAAUAUAUAUGGCUUCGAGGGAUAAUGUUGUAUGCCGGUAUUUAUAAAUCUACAUGAGCAGCGGACACAAGCCAUCCGCCAUUGGAGAAGCAGCGCAAAGACUAGGUUCAGUUUAUGGGUAACACUUGCGUUUCAUUUGUUGUUUAAAAUGCAAUGGAUAUUAGGCCAAAUGUGAAGCUGAGAUACUCAAUUUUGGCAUUAUUUGUAGAAAUUGUGCAGAAUUUGCCUUAUUGGGACACAUUAUACUUAUAGUCUUAUACUAUCCAUCAUUGGAAACUUUCUAUAA